AUGCGGCAGCUGACUUGGGUCUCUGCGCUGGCUGGAUUGGGCGCCCUUGCUUUGCAACCUACGCUGGUCGGCGCGCAAGGCCACACCAAGAUACAUGAAGAGGGUCGCUGUUCCUUCCGUGGUCACUGUGGAAAGCAGUCUAUCUUUGGUGGGGAACUGCCCUGCCCCGACAAUGACUUAGCACACCAACCAGAAGACUCGGUGCGACAGAAGCUGAUUAAUCUCUGUGGCCCGAAGUGGGAGGAGGGCCCGGUCUGUUGCCGCGAGGAACAGAUCGAUGCACUUGCAAAGAACGUGCGUCUUGCAGAAGGCAUCAUCGCUUCUUGCCCGGCUUGCCGUGAUAACUUUUUCAAUAUCUUCUGUACAUUCACUUGCUCGCCUGAUCAGUCGCUCUUCGUCAAUGUCACAAACACCGAAGAUACUAGUGCCGGCAAAACGCUGGUCACAGAGGUCGACAAUAUUUGGUCGGAGGAAUACCAAAGCGGCUUCUAUGACAGCUGCAAGAACGUCAAGAACGGCGCGUCCGGCGGCAAGGCGAUUGAUUUCAUCGGUGGAGGGGCGAAGGAUUAUCCGCAUUUCUUAAAAUUCCUGGGCGACAAGAAGUUCCUGGGCAGUCCGUUCCAGAUCAACUACCUCACCGAGCCCAGUGGGCCGGAUCCAGAUGGCAUGAGAGCCUUGUCAAUAACGCCCAAGGCUUGCAACGACCCUGACAAGUCGUUCCGCUGCUCUUGUGUCGACUGUCCUGACGUCUGCCCUGAAUUGCCUGCUGUGCACUCAAAGGAAGCAUGCCAUGUCGGGCUCUUGCCAUGUCUUUCUUUUGCAGUCAUCAUUAUCUAUUCUGCAUUUUUGCUACUGGUAAUGGGACUCGCUACCUAUGUCACAUUCAAGGAACGAAGAUUCCGCAAACCGGAGCGGGUACGCCUGCUUCAGGACCCGACGCCAAGCGAUGACGAGGAUGAAGGAGAGAUCGUGCAUCGCGGGGGCUACCUGGAACAGCCACAGGGAGUAUACAAGCCCAACGCCUUGCUUUCGGCAAUCUUUCAUCGCAUUGGUGGUGCUUGUGCACGCUUCCCUGCCAUCACAAUCAUUUCCAGCUUCAUUGCGGUAAUCUUGCUUAGCCUAGGCUGGCUGCGAUUCACCGUCGAAAUUGACCCAGUUCGCCUCUGGGUGAGCCCAUCAUCAGCGGCCGCGCAAGAAAAGACUUUCUUUGAUGAAAAUUUUGGACCCUUCUUCCGGGCAGAGCAAGCCUUCUUGGUGAACGACACUGGUCCAGUUCUGGAUUACCAAACACUCACAUGGUGGUUUGACGUUGAAACCAGAGUGCGUCGAGUGCUGUCCGUGGAUAUGGGCCUCAAUUUGGAGGACGUUUGCUUCAAGCCUAUGGGUAAUGCCUGUGUUGUACAGUCAUUAACGGGCUACUUUGGUGGCUCUAACUCAAAUCUCGACCCCGAUACGUGGAAGGACCGUCUACGCCACUGCACUGAGUCCCCCGGCGAUGUAAGCUGUCUCCCAGAUUUCCAACAGCCCCUGAAGCCGGAGAUGGUCCUUGGUGGAUACGAUGAAACCGGGGAUAUUCUGGACGCCAAGGCAUUGGUUGUGACAUGGGUGGUGAACAAUUUCGAACAAGGAAGUGAAGGAGAAGCGAAGGCUAUCGAUUGGGAGAAUGCUUUUCGAGAAAUCUUCGACAAAGUCCAGGAGGAAGCCACUGCACGUGGCCUCCGCGUUUCUUUCAAUGCCGAGAUCAGCUUGGAACAAGAACUGAACAAAUCAACUAAUACCGAUGCAAAGAUCGUGGUCAUCAGCUACGUGAUUAUGUUCAUCUAUGCUUCUCUCGCCCUGGGAUCAGUCACAGUGACCUGGAAGUCUCUUCUGACCAAUCCUGCCAAUGCUUUUGUGCAAUCAAAGUUCUCUUUGGGAAUCGCAGGUAUUGUGAUCGUGCUAAUGUCUGUCUCUGCUUCGGUGGGAUUGUUCUCAGCUGCGGGUGUCAAGGUGACCUUGAUCAUUGCAGAGGUCAUCCCAUUCUUGGUCUUGGCAGUGGGCGUGGACAACAUCUUCCUUAUCGUCCAUGAGUUCGAGAGGGUCAAUUUUAGCCACCCCAAUGAAGAGGUCGAUGAGCGAGUUGCUCGUGCUGCUGGCAGAAUUGGUCCUAGUGUGUUCUUGUCUGCCCUGACUGAGACGGUGGCAUUUGCCUUGGGUGCUUUCGUCGGCAUGCCUGCCGUCAAGAACUUCGCAGCGUACGCAGCGGGAGCCGUGCUCAUCAAUGCCAUUCUGCAAAUGACCAUGUUCAUCUCCGUGCUUGCCCUGAAUCAGAGGAGAGUACAAAGCCUUCGCGCGGACUGUUUCCCCUGUCUUACCGUUCGAAAGGCGAACUCCUUCGGCCUGCCCGAGGAGCAGAUCUACGAUGACCAUGAGGCCGAGAGCUCUUUGCAAACUUUCAUCCGCCGGGUGUAUGCCCCCUUCAUCCUGGAUCGUCGGGUGAAGGCAGCAGUUGUAAUUAUCUUCCUAGGUCUUCUGACUGCCGGCUUGGCCUUCAUUCCAGAGGUCGCUCUCGGUCUGGAUCAGCGGAUCGCGCUUCCCAGCGACUCGUACCUGAUCGAUUAUUUCGAUGAUCUUAGCGACUACUUUCGCACCGGUCCCCCCGUCUAUUUUGUGACCCGCAAUGUCAAUAUGACGGAGAGAAAACAUCAGCAACAACUUUGUGGAAGAUUCACUACCUGCGAGGAAUAUUCGCUACCAUUUGUUCUGGAACAAGAAUCCAAGCGUCCAAAUGUUUCUUACCUCUCUGGAUCCGCUGCUAGCUGGAUCGAUGACUUCUUCUACUGGCUGAAUCCCCAGUCGGAUUGUUGCCAAGAAGAUGGCAAGUUGUGCUUCGAGGACCGUAUCCCUCUGUGGAACAUCACCCUUCACGGAAUGCCUACAGGAUCCGAGUUCAUCCAUUAUGCGGAGAAAUGGAUCGAUUCGCCAACUGAUGCUUCUUGCCCCCUGGGCGGCAAAGCACCCUACAGCAACGCUAUUGUUAUCGACGAGCAACGCACCACGAUCAAUGCCAGUCAUUUCCGAACCAGUCACACCCCGCUGCGAACCCAAGAAGACUUCAUCCAGUCCUAUAUUGCGGCACGUCGGAUUGCCGAUGGCCUUUCUCGCGAGCACAAAAUCGACAUAUUCCCAUACUCGAAAUUUUACAUCUUCUUCGACCAGUAUGUCUCCAUUGUACAGCUCACUGGCACCCUUCUGGGAUCGGCUGUUGCCAUUAUAUUCGUCCUGACUUCUGCCAUUUUGGGCUCCGUUACUACGGGCGCAGUGGUCACCACGACUGUUGUGAUGACAGUCGUUGAUAUCAUCGGAACCAUGGCUAUUGCUGGUGUCUCUCUUAACGCAGUGUCUCUCGUGAACUUGGUCAUCUGUGUUGGUAUCUCAGUGGAAUUCUGCGCCCAUAUUGCUCGGGCUUUCAUGUUUCCAUCGCGCACCUUGAUGGAGAAGGCCCCUGUCAAGUUUCGGGGCAAGGACGCUCGUGCCUGGACGGCACUGGUCAACGUCGGCGGGAGUGUGUUUAGUGGCAUCACCAUCACGAAGUUGUUAGGUGUUUGUGUUCUGGCAUUUACUCGCAGCAAGAUCUUCGAGAUCUAUUACUUCCGCGUGUGGCUCGCACUGGUUGUGUUUGCCGCCAUACACGCCCUUAUUUUCCUGCCUGUGGCUCUCAGCUAUUUCGGCGGAGGAGGAUAUCUUGACCCGGCCUCGGAUGGUGGUCUAGAAGCCAAUCUUGCCUCGCGGGGUUACCGCUCAUUGCUGGUCGAUGAUGACUACGACUCCGACGAAUUCUAA